GCAAAAACUCCCCUUUCAUGAAGCUGGUCCUUAUUUUGAGCUCUGCUUAAUUGUUGGAGAAGCCCUGUGGUGUAGCAGCACUUCUACCCUGCCCUGUAGUGUGUCUCUGUGAGUCGGAAUCGACUUGAUGGCAAUGAGUUUGGAGUUUGUGGUGGUUCAGACCCAACAGCCACUCCAAAGAAUAAACCUGAGCCUGCAUGCUUCCGUAAAGGUAUACAGUCUUGGAGCCCUGGCAACCAGUUUUACUCUGGCCUGUAGGGUAUUUAGGGGGAAAGUGACCCCAAAUUUAAAUGGAAUUUAUUGAGACCCACUUACUAAGUCCUUACCAGGACAUAGGUAAAUCGUCCAGAUGAGGGAGCCCAUCAACACUAGGCUAUAAUGGUGUCCAAGGAUUCAUAACCAUGCAGCCAUUUCCAUAGGACAUGGAGAACAAAGGAAACGGUCACGUUCACAAAAUCGUGGUUGGUGGCAGGCUCAACAUCAGACCAGGAAUUGGAGGUGUUCAGUCUCGGGUUGGGAUCCAGCAGAGCCUUCUUAACCAUCCAGCACGCCCUGCUGCCUUCCAGCAUAGAUUUGAUGCCCGUCAGAAGAUUGGCCUGUCAGAUGCCCGCCUCAAGCUAGGAGUCAAGGAUGCCCGGGAGAAGCUUCUGCAGAAAGAUGCCCGGUUCCGGAUCAAAGGGAACGUGCAGGAUGCCCGAGAAAUGCUCAACUCCCGCAAGCAGCAGAGCACAGUGCCCCAAAAGCCACACCAGGUAGCUGAUGCUCGGGAGAAGAUCAGCUUGAAGCGAAAUUCUCCUGCUGUUUUCAUGAGCCCACCCAUCGGGACAGUGACCCCAGCUCUGAAGCUCACCAAAACCAUCCAGGUCCCACAGCACAAGACCGUGGUGCCACUUCACACCCAUCCUGCUGGAAUGAGGAUCAACGUUGUCAAUAACCAGACCAAACAGAAUUCAUAUGACUUGGACGAAGAGGAGGAUGGCCUAGCCCCCAUUCCUAGUAAACAGAUGAAAUUCCCAGCCGCAGGCAGCUUUCACUUCCAUGCGCCUGGCCUGAGCAGUUUCAAGCUGUCCUUGCCAAAGGCCCUCCCUCUCACCAAAGUGGUCCAAAAUGAUGCCUACACAGCUCCUGCUCCUCCCUCUUCUGUUCGAACAAAACCCAUGAGCAACAUGUCCCGGACACUGGUGAACAAGGACGAACCCCCAAAAGAGCUGCCUCUGGUUGAGCCUGUCCUCAGUCCCCUGGAAGGUACCAAAAUGACUGUGAAUAAUUUGCACCCUCGAGUCACUGAAGAGGACAUCGUGGAGCUUUUCUGUGUGUGUGGAGCCCUUAAACGGGCUCGGCUGGUCCAUCCUGGGGUGGCAGAGGUGGUCUUUGUGAAGAAGGACGAUGCCAUCACGGCAUAUAAGAAGUACAACAACAGGUGUUUGGAUGGACAACCAAUGAAGUGCAACCUCCACAUGAACGGGAAUGUUAUCACCUCAGACCAGCCCAUCUUGCUGCGGUUGAGUGACAGCCCCUCAGUGAAAAAGGAGAGUGAGCUGCCUCGCAGGCUGAACUCGGCCACCUCGUGCAGCCCUCCUGCAGAAGUGGACCCCGACACCAUCCUGAAGGCACUCUUCAAGUCCUCGGGCGCCUCUGUGACCACGCAGCCCACAGAAUUCAAAAUUAAGCUCUGAGUCGGGAGGGGAGGUGGCAGAACAUCUGGGAACAGAGAAGGGUGGCUCUGUUUCCCAAAGCCAAGUUUGUGACCAAUGGGCCGUUGGACUGGAGGCCCUGUCAGAGUGGGAAGGGUCGCUGGGUAGAGACCUUCCUCAUUGGACAGGAACCACCUUCCUGUCGUGUUCUACCCUGUGUUUUUCUGUUCCUUAACAUUUCCUGUAGUAUGUUUUUUCUACUCUCCACCUCGUCAUCACAAUAGGCCUGUGUUUCUCAGUGCCCCUCCUCCCACUCAUCUCAGCCCCAAGUGGAAUUCGUCUCUGGAAGUACAGUCAAGACUUUUCCAGGUGGUCCUGCCGUGGUCCUUAGGGCCAGGGCAUGAAGGAAACAGUGUUCUCUAGGAGGUGAGGUCAGCUGAGAAUGAACCUGAGUGGGACUCGGGUACCGCUCCCUUGUCCCCCACCACCAUUGGCUGUAGACCUAUGCUUUGGAGAGUCAAGGCCAAGUGGCAAGGACAGGUCUCAAAAGGCUUGAAGGAUCCCUGCUCUCUUAUCAACCCAAAGCAAAAUUUCAGAUUUCACAUCACUCUUUUUGCGUUUUACCAGAUGCCCUUCCCAGGCUCUGUCUGCCUUGUGGGUGUCAACUGCAGGGAGAGGCUGGCAUGUUAGCUGCCCUAAUCCUCAUCUAGCAGGGCACGUGUCAGACCCUGGGUUUGGUACAAAUACCAGCAGGUUCAACUCUCGCCUUGUGGGACUUUGUAGGUGCUCCCGUUCUGUGGCACUGUGGAGGGGGCAUUAUUUGAAUGGGAGAUGUUGGUUAUAGCUUGCCCUUACCUCUUGCUUCCCGGACUCCUCUGUCUCUAAGAUAAUAGGGAUGCCGAGAGGAACUUCUCCAGCUGCCACCAAGGAAUCCCCAUCUGUAAGAGACCACAGGGAGACUCCUGACCUGGCAAUUGGUUAAGAGAGCAGAGCAGCCAUUCCGUAUAAGCCCAUGGACAUUUCUCCAGUAUGGUCCCAGUUUAGCUGGGGCUCCCUGAAGACCAGUUUCCUGCCGAUUUGCUGGGAUGGGAGCCCAGGCUUUCAGAGCUGAAGCAAGAUGGGGAGCCAAGGUCCUGGGAGCUUCACAAAAUCAGCGACAAGUGACAAGAAUGUCACAGGGCUAGAAACUCGAGGCUCUGAAGCCCUGAGAGCUCAGGACCUGUUUGGGGUUGGUACAGUGAAUGAAAACCUAGAAAUUCCUGUUAACACAGUUCAGGCUGCCAAGCACAGGGGCACCAGGUUUUGAGCCCACCUCCAGCUUCAGAGGCCCAGCUCUGAAAUUGGCCAGACCGGGAUGUCCCAGGAAGGUGCCCAUUUUCAGCAUCUUUCCACAAUUCUGCUUUCCCCCUUUAAGUGGCACAAACUUUGUUCGCCUUGCCAUUGUAAGUCAUUCCUCCCACCCUUUGCUAAGGAAAUACCCAGAAGUGGUAGGAUCUAGUUUUUCUGGUGCUGGACUUUGACUGCUCUUUGGACCCUGCUCAGCAGGGGGUGGUAAAGUCACUGCUGGCAUGGCUUCACCCUCCCCUCCUGUUUCCACGCCAGGUGUGCUCUAUUUAUCCAGGUUUCAUUAAGCCGACUGCAGCCACCUGGAGCCCAGGUUCUAAAUAGUUCUUUGGAGAUUGGGAUGGGGUAGGUGGAAACUGUUGGCUUCCCUUGCUCUACAGGACGUCAUGUUGGGGAACAGAGAAGGGAGGUGGUGGUCUGUCAUGUCUCCCUCUCCACCUCCUAGACUUAGUACAUUACCCACCUCUUUUUGUUCAGAAGGAGAAGAGGCAAUGAGUGAGGGGAAAGACUGUAUUACUUAAGCAUUUCUGAAUAAAUGAUUGUUAUUCCUA